AUGGCGGCGGAGGACGUGCAGGAGCUGCGGGCGCUCGUGGAGCGGGCGGGCGGCCGGCGAGCAGUACUGCUGGUGGCCGAGGUGGUGGAGGGGGCCCCGGCGGCGCCCGCGCUGGCUGCCUUCGCCCGCGACCUCCUGGGCGAUGAGGCGCGGCACUCACCGUGCCCGGUGCCGGGGUGCCGGACGCAGCGGGCCGCGGGCGGCGGGCGGCGGGCGCUGGCAGCCCGGCUGCUGCUGGUGCUGUGCGGCGGCGGGGCGGCGCGGGGCCGCGGGGCGCGUACCCGCCUGCGGGAGGUGGUCCGGGACGUGCGCGGCCGCCUGCCCGCGGGGCCGCCGCCCGCCGUCGUGGGCGUCCUGCUGCCCGGCGGGGACGGAGAGGACGCGGCGGUGCUGGACGCGGCGCUGCGGCGGCAUUUCCCGGCGCCCGGUACGGUGGAGGCGGCCCGGUACAGCCCGGGCAGCCCCGGCGACUGCCGAGCCGCCGCCUGCCGCGCCCUGCGGGCCGCCCUGCAGCACCCCGCAGAAGAUGUAAAAGACAGGGAGAGGUGGAGGCUCCCAUCCUUCUUGAAGUGCAUUUCUUGGAACCAAAGGAGCUGGAGAAAAGAUUAUGAAGCAAAAGCUGAAAACAACAUUCAUGAAGGUGACCUGCAGGACCCUGAGGAAGAAGUGGCUCUGGCCAGCCUUUCCCCCAACGGAAACUGCGAAGAAACUGCUGGAGGCACAGGCACCUAGAGCUGCUGGGCAUCCAACACAGUCUACAUCCCAGAUCUGACCAGUGGAUUUGGAGCAGUGGGAGGAGGAGCUGGUGCAGGCCCUCUCCUUCAAGGACACACAGCUCCAGGGAAAAGCUGCUUGGCUGAACUGAUCAGUCUUUUGUAGCUGCCACCAGUCCCUGGGGUCUGUGCCAGAGAGCCAUUCCCUGCUGUGCCCUGCUGCCCUGGGGCACCUAGAGCUGCUGCUGGACACUGGGCUUCAGAGAAGCCCUUCGGGGAUAUACCCCACAUCCUGGGCAAAAUGACAUUGGGACUUUGAGUGUGAAAUGCAGACACCUGUUUGAAGAAUGAGAAAUGUUUUCUAAUUCUGAACAAAGUUCCCUGCUGAGGUUGCUGGGGCUGGCCUCCCUGUCAGACCGAUUCUGCUGCCUUGUUUUCCUGCUUUAUUGGUGCUUGGAAGAGCCAAUAAAACCCCUGCAAGAGACUGGUGCAAGUGGAUGAACUGCCCAGGCUUUAAGAGGUGUAAGCAAGAAUACAUUUGACCAAAAGUAUUGUUUUCCUUUGACUGAAGAAUAAAAGUGACUUGAAUUA